AUGGCAACCCGUUCCCAGAGCACCGCUCGUCCCCCGUCCCCUCUCGAUCAAGGAGAGUUGGGACCCACUAUUUUGGCAACCGCCAAUGAGCCAACAAGCCUCAAACCCAAGGUCUAUGGGGAAAUCUCCCUCAGCCGCGCAAUCUCCCUCCUCCUGGGAUUGCAAAACCAAGUCCUCCGGCUCAAACAGGAACUCAAGGAACAAAAAGAAGCCACAAAGGAAGCCCAAGACUGGAUGGGAGCAGUCGACCAAGCCCUCACUCGCAUUGAGGCUAGGGGUGGAACCCCACACACACCAGAAGACCGGAAACCUCCGGCAAUCAAGGCCACGCCCAGGCCCCUACCCAAAGCCAACCCUCUUCCAGCGCCUAGUGCGCCCCUCGUUGCCUGGGCUAACCCCACAAAAGCUCCCCCCAUCUUUGCACAACCAAUGCCCGUCCAAGCUCCCCCGCAAGUCCAUACUCCCCCUGCACCUACGCCUAUCCGGCUCCAAUCCCCCCAAGUCCCACAACCAGUGGCCCCUGUAGCCACUUAUCAAGCCCCGGUCAAGGUGGACCACCCUGACGCCUAUUUGGGGAAGAUAGGGAACGAAGCCCGCCAAUGGCUCACACGGAUGUUGGCAUGGGUACGUCUGAAUCAACGGAUGUUCCCCACGGAUCAGGAGGUCCUGUCGUUCCUCCUAAUGAACAUGAAGGACGUAGCAGGAGCCUGGGCUCACCCCCACCUCAAUCAACUUGGGUCCCACAGGGCCCUUAUCCAAACAGUUGACGAGUUUAAAACGGAGUUUUUGGCUGCAUUUGGGAACCCGGAUGCCACGCAAGCUGCCGAGCGGCAAAUCACACAACUCACUCAGACAGGAACCUGUGCUGAGUAUAUCACAAAGUUUAGGACCAUCACCAUGGACCUAGACUGGAACGACGCCGCCCUUUGUGGGCAAUUUGCACGUGGCCUUCACUGGGAGGUCAGCCGCCUCAUUGCCACUCAAGAGCGGCGCCCAACUACCCUCCUGGAGCUGCAGAACGCGGCCCUGGUCAUUGAUAACGCCCUCCGCAAGGAACGUGCCAGCCACCCGCCUAAAGGUAGUAAGUCUGGAACUUCCUCCACCCCCAAUAGGGGGGCGAGUACUGGCCAACAGGCCACAAGACCAGGACGCCUCUCUAGCAAUCCUAAUUUUGUCUCCGAGGAGGAGCAAAACCGCCGCUGGGCCAAAGGCCUAUGCAUCAAGUGUGGCAAGACAGGCCACAAGUUUGCGGAAUGCCGCACUGGCUGGAAAGCCAUGCCUAAGGAGGAAGGCGUCAAGAAAGAAGCCGCCAAGAUUGGCAAAGAGUCUGGACCCGAAUUGGGAAAAGACUAA